AUUUUCUUUCGUUUCAUUUCUCUCAUCAAAAAACUUGCUUCAAUUCUUCAUAUAUAUUAACAGUUUUCAAUUAUUCUUCUUCUUCAGAGGUUUCUAAUUAAUUGAGUUUGAAGAGAUCUGAGAUUUUUUUAAUGGCUGAGAUUUGUUGUGGUGUUGUUGGAGAAGGUGACACGCCUACUCCAAUGGAACCAAGCUCAAGGCCUUCAGCUCGCCGGAGCUUGGACAUGCUUCCCUUGAAAUUCAUGGCAAACAUGCCAAUUCCGCCACCGGAGGCCAGCCGGAAGAGGCAGAAGCUGGAUCUGUGUGUUUCUCCGCCGCCGGAGCGGGAGGUUGAGAACGCUGUUGAAACCUGCCAAGACAGAGUUGGUGGGCCCCAGGAGGAGGAAUCAGAGGGUUCUGUGAUUCCGGUGAGGUUGGAAGAUGAGGUGGUGGUUGUUGACGAGAGUCCCAAGUAUGGAGUCACCUCGGUUUGUGGGAGGAGGAGGGACAUGGAAGACGCAGUUUCAGUGCGUCCUUCGUUCUCAGAAGAGAAAGGGGUUCACUUCUUCGGUGUCUACGAUGGCCAUGGAUGCUCACAUGUGGCGACGAUGUGCAAGGAGAGGAUGCACGAGAUUGUGAAGGAAGAGAUUGCAGAAAAACCCGAAUCCAAAUUGGAUUGGAAAUCCACCAUGGAGCAGAGUUUCACUCGCAUGGACGAAGAGGUUCUCACCUGGACCCACAGCAACAACCAGAAAUCCACUUGCCGCUGCGAGCUCCAGACUCCUCACUGCGACGCCGUCGGCUCCACCGCAGUCGUCGCCGUCGUCACGCCGGAAAAGAUCAUAGUCUCUAACUGCGGCGACUCACGCGCCGUCCUUUGCCGUAACGGCGUCGCCAUCCCCCUUUCCUCCGAUCACAAGCCGGAUCGACCCGACGAGUUGAACCGGAUCGAAUCCGCGGGUGGGCGCGUGAUCUAUUGGGAUGGUCCUAGAGUGCUUGGGGUGUUGGCCAUGUCAAGAGCCAUAGGGGACAAUUAUUUGAAGCCGUACGUUAUUUCGGAACCCGAGGUGACGGUGAUGGAGCGGAGUGACGAGGAUGAGUGUUUGAUUUUGGCGAGUGAUGGGUUGUGGGACACGGUGCAAAAUGAGACUGCGUGCAGGGUGGUGCAGAUGUGUCUGAAGGCGGAGAAGCUGCCGUCGCCGCCGGGGUCUCCGGGGAGAGAUGUGGCGGCUGAUGGAUCGGACAAGGCGUGCUUUGAUGCGUCCAUUUUGCUGACGAAGUUGGCGAUGGCGAGGCAUAGUUCGGACAAUGUGAGCGUGGUGGUUGUUGAUUUGAGGAGGGAAAAACGUCCACAACAACAACAAUGAUUAAGGAUUAUUAAUUAAUGUAAUGGGAGCAUUAAAAAAUUACUAAUUCAUUAAUCAAUUGCCCUAAACCUAAGUAAUUGGGGACACCUACGUUUUGAAGGAUUUUAUCAUUGGGAAAAAGAUUGGGGAAAGUGGAGGAUGAUAGGCUAUUGAUGAUUCAUUCCAUGUGAUUGUAGUAGAGGUAGUGGAAAUUGUAACAGUUGGGAAUGGUCAACAAAUCAUAGGAAAUUUUUAGAGUAGUGAGGACAUUUGAUCUCAACCAAAUGCUUGAGGCAAUUUUCGUUGCCCAUAUAUUCUGUAAUUGGAUUUUGAUGUGAAUUGCCUGAAGUUGUAAAAUUAUCUGCAAAGGGUGCAUAUUCACAUUCA